AUGACUACCGAAACUCCUCAGAAGGGUCAAAGGAAGGAGAAGAAGCUUCACCAACUCCUUACCUCGUCUCUCGUAGACAUCUACGUCGGCUCUGACUCUACUCGUUGGACGCUGCACGAAGAACUCCUCUCAUCCCAUUCGCCCUUCUUCGCAUCAGUUUUCAACAAGGACGACAAACCCGAUGACAAAAAAUCUCGUGGGAACAAAUCCUAUAAUCUCCCCGACGAAGACGACCAACCUUUUGAACUCCUCGUGGGAUGGCUCUACUCACAAUCCAUUCGGGAACCAAAGUCGGAAAAAGACGUCGGUCCUCUUCUCGAACUCUAUAUCUUGUCACAGAGGCUACAAAUCCAAGAACUCGGCCUCAACAUUGUCGAUCUUGUUAGGGAGUGGUACCACAAGACCUCCACCUAUCCUGGGCUCCGUCGGGUUCAAUAUGUCUACGCCGAGACCGAUGAAGACAACGAAAUGCGCGAAAUGAUGGUGUCUUCGGUUGCUCGUCUGUUGACCACGAGCGAGAAGAUCCCAUCUCACUGGGUGGGCGCGUUACAGCGCAACGGCCAAUUGGCUGUGGACAUUAUCCGCGCCAUUCAACAAUGGCAUAUUGAAGAGCGCAGCAUACCUGAUGCACGAGACCUCAGCGUCAGUCGCGGGAGACAGGUGAAUGGCAACACCGGCGGCGUUGGCUUCAGCGGAGUGGAACAGACAGAAGAGGCGACAGAAGAGGCGCCAGAAGAGGCGCCAGAAAAGGCGCCAGAAAAGGCACCAAAAGAAACGCCUGACUCGGGCAUCGGAGGUGUGAAUGGUACCAGCGUCAAUGGUAACGGCGUCAAUGGAGUGAGUGCGAGCGAGGAGGAUAGCAACAGCGAUGCGUCCGACGCCAAGAGCGACGCUGAAGAGUAA